UCUCUACCAAUAUCAACCAAUCAAUUUGAAAAUGAUGAAGCUGCAAGUCUUUGGGAGCUCUCAUGGCGGUGACAAACAUGUAGUACAACUCAUGCUUGUUCUCAUGGUUAUGAUCACCAUGGCUUCCCAAGGCAUACAAGGCCGAAGCCUCCGUCGUGGCGUUCCUUUUGCCACGGCAGAAAGAGUUGGGGGACCAAUAAGACGAAGUGACGAACGUUCUGUCAACCCUAAGGUCGAUGGACGGACAGGAACAACAGGCGGAGAGAAAGAGGCGACGAAGAUACUGCAAGCACAUCCGACGGGAUCGACUCUGCCAGAAUGUUCACAUGCUUGUGGACCUUGCUUCCCAUGCAAGAGGGUGAUGGUGAGCUUCAAGUGCUCAGUCAAUGAGUCGUGCCCUAUUGUCUAU